UGUUUUUUGGUUUGCUUGCAUGCCAUAACGUUUCCGCGAAGCUCGCACCGCCGUCGUUUCCAAUACCUACCUUAUAGAAUCAAGGCCGGGCACGCUCGGCAGCGCCGCACAUUGCCCGCGUCGCGCUCGACAUUCCAGCGACACCUUUCGAACCCAUAAUCCCGGUCGGGCAGGCUGCCGUGCCGACCUCCAUACACCUUCGACAAAGCCAUAUAUUACAAUAUCGGCAUACAAGCUCGCUUCGCACCAUGUCGAACACGGACCAGUCACGACACAGUCGGUUUUCCAACUUCCCUGGGCUAUCGUCCAUCCCAAACGGGAACGACAGGCCACUACAGAGCCUCACCAACUCCUUCACGUAUUCAUCACCUGGGACAUGGAACACCAGCGGCCUCGGAGGCGUGGUUAGGGGCAGAGACGUGGCGGCACCCAGAGGCCCGUCGGCGCCCGAAGCGCAGUCGCGAGCUGAAGCGUCAGGGUCUGCUGGUUAUUCAGGCUCCAACAAAGGACUUGUCUCUGGUCCUUCAAGUUCCGAUGCUCUCGUGACCAUGUCCGGAGCCGAUCCGUGGGGUAGCGGAUCGGGCGUUUGGAAUUUGACAGAUACCACGCAGUCACGCACUCUCCCAGCCAGCAGUUCUCCGAGAAACCGGUCAGAUGCCUCCGUUCGCGACGGAAAUUCAACAUACUCUACAGCCCCGGCGACGGGCAUCCCCCGAAGUCUCCUCGGCCCGAAACAGAACUCAUUAACUGCAAUCGAUUCCAUGACCGCUGCAUUUCAGGGUUCAUCUUCUCUGGCGCAACAGUACGACGUGGGUCUGGAAAAUCUUGGCAUGCUCGGCCGGCCUGCGAGGCAGGAGCCCGAACACAGGCGGUCAGGACUCCUAUCGUCCCAUACACGGCUGCAGGAGUUGUCCUUCAUGACCUCUCCCGUAGGCCAUCCUUCGCGCAACUCCGUCUCCAGCCACGCCGCGCCAGAGUUGCUCGGCCAGACGAAUCCGUUGGGCGAUUCGGGUUCUGAUCUCCCCGCGGAUCGCUCUGCGCACUCCCAACGGCCGUCCCUUCCAGGUUCGCUCUACAACUCGCUGAGCUUGGAACCAACUCCUGCGCCGCAUCCGGAUGAGGAGCUACUGGCCGGAUCCCUCCUUAGGCUGGGGCUGGGCGGUGGUCGGACCAACGGGCCUGCGCACAACACAUCCAACGGUCCGGCCUACGGCAACGGAACCCAAACACAACACUUUGAGUUCAACCCGGGGCCGCAACCGUGGGGAGGCGGCGGCCAGCCGUACGACGCGUAUGCGAAUGGCCCGGAAUUCGAGAAACGAGGCUCGAUCGUGGACCGGAGUUCGCCCGCGGGAAGUACCUACCGCGCCAACGGCGCAUUGAACAGCCCCAGGGGGCUUACAAGCAGCCCGCAACAGAACCCGGAUGCAUGGUCGAGACCCGCUUCGCGGGAUCCGAGGAUGAGUGGUUCUGACGUCGACCGGCGAGCCCUCGCGCACCAUCUCUUCCAGUCGCCAACCCCUUUCUUCCCGGGCGCCCCAUUCUAUGGUCCGAGCUAUCAAGCCUAUGCCGGCCAGCUCUUCCCUCCGUUUGGCGACCUGGCUCACUCGGCUCACAUGCUGGAUCCUUGCAUGUCCGUGCCUCAUUACCCCGUCUCCGCUGCAGGAGUCGCAAUCGUUCCUGCCAGACCCGACGACCCGGGGAAGGCUUUCAGGAGUGCGCUUCUGCACGAAUACAAGUACGGCCCCAAGUCUUCGGUUAAGCACUGGGGGCUCAAGGAUAUCGCGGGCCAUGUUGUCGAGUUCAGCAGCGACCAAAGCGGUUCCCGCUUCAUCCAAGAGAAACUCGAGUCCGCCAACGGCGAUGAGAAGGACCAGGUUUUCCGAGAGAUCGAGCCAAAUGCCGUCCCGCUGAUGAAGGACCUGUUUGGCAAUUACGUGAUACAGAAGUUCUUUGAGCACGGCGAUCAGAUCCAGAAAAAGGUGCUUCUCAGAGCCAUGAAGGGCAAGGUUAUGGAUCUGUCAAUGCAGAUGUACGCCUGCCGCGUGGUCCAGAAGGCUCUGGAGAAUGUGCUGGUUGAGCAGCAAGCCGAACUGGUGAAGGAGCUGGAGGCGGAUGUCGUGAAGGUAGCCACAGACCCGCACGGAAACCACGUGGUCCAGCAAGCCAUCGCGCUGGUCCCCCGCCAGCACAUUGGCUUCAUCAUAGGCGCAUUCAAGGGCCGUGUCUGCGAGCUCGCUUCCCAGCAGUACGCCUGCCGGGUCAUCCAGAGGAUCCUGGAGCACGGGACCGAAGCGGACAAGGCUGCCGUGACACAGGAGCUCCACAAGUCAGCUGAGACGCUGAUAAAACACCCGUACGGCAACUACGUUAUCCAACAUGUUCUCCACCACGGGAGGGCCGAAGACCGAUCCAAGAUCAUUGACGUCGUCAUGGCCGACCUCGUGGCGCUGUCGAAAAGCAAGUGCGCGUCCAACGUAGUGGAAAAGUGCAUUGCCUUCGGCACCCGGGAAGAGCAGCGGGCCAUCUGGGACCGCCUCGUCGCUGACGGGGAGGACAACUGCCCGCUCUUCCAGUUGGCCAAGGAUCAAUAUGGCAACUAUGUCGUCCAAAAACUGAUUGCCCUGCCUGUGGACCAACACAAGGAGGCGCUCCUCCAGAAGCUGAAAGCCCAUCUCCAGUCCGUCCGAAAGGCCCCCGGCGCAGGGAAGCAAAUGACGACCAUCGAGCGGGUGAUCGCGGAGGUGACGAAGAAUCUCACCCCGCCAGCGGCUUCCCCUGCCUCGCCCGGUCUGCAGGUCGAUAUCGGCUCGGCCGCGCCGACUCCGAAUCUGACCAUGGACCCGAACAGCCCACUGAGCACGCCGUCGAGCAGCGUCCCGUACGCCAACGGAGACGGCGUUGAGCCGGUUGCCGACCACGCCAGUGGCCAACCUCCUGAAAAAGGCCAAGAACCCGCCACACCGUGUCCCCAGCCGCAGAUAGGAGGAGACCUGUGAUUCUCCGACAGGCGCAACUAAGAAACUAGAAAUUUGCCGCGAUCUUUCUAGUCCGCGGCUUCGCUUCACGUUUACAACCCGCAAAGUCUCUUUCUCGGGUUAAUCCAGUA